ACCUUACUUGGAUGACCAAAAUCUGCCAUGCAAAACUAAUUUGCGAGCAGGGAAAGAAUUUGUUCCUCAGGGCUAGAGUGGGCACUCAAGAAUUGCCUGAGUGCCUCUCUGUGUUAAAAUUGCCACAUUUAUUUAAACCCCUCCUCCAUGUGGAAAUAAUUAGGAAACCUAUUAUUAAUGCAGCAGGUUUGUACAUCUCUCUGAGUUUUUCUAGUAAGCAUGGCCAUGAACUUCACUGGAACCCUGAGAGCUAGAGCUGCCACAGUUAGACUUGAAAACGUUAUUUCUAAAAAAUCUGCUGGAGCAACAAAUUUAUUUGGUAACAGACAACAAAGUUUACGGCUUACAACAUUUUCUCAGAAAAUAAGCAGUAAGAAAGGAGUUAAUGGUUGUAAGAGUUUCCAGAUCCAACCUCAUCAAAGUCCUGGAUAUUGCUCCCAUGCCAUCCCACUUCCUGGACCGGAUGUGUCUGAAUCAAGCCCACCAGAUAUCACUCAAGGUUCGGAAGAAUGGUUUGCCUUGAGAAGACAUAGGCUGACUGCUAGUGCAUUUAGUACUGCCCUUGGUUUUUGGGGUGACAGACGACUUGAGUUGUGGGAGGAAAAGGUAUUUAGAAAGGAGGGUUUUGUUUCUAACAAAGCUAUGUUGUGGGGAUCUAAUAAAGAAGGCACAGCUGUAGAAAGGUAUAAAGAUAUUACAGGGAACGUUGUGGAGCAAUUGGGGUUUCAGAUAUAUCACAAGGACAAUGAACAGCUCCAAUGGUUGGGGGCAUCUCCUGAUGGCCUGAUUACAAGAUCCCUUUCUGGUGUUGUUGAGGAUUCGGGUGGCAUCCUAGAGGUCAAAUGCCCAUUCAAUAAGGGGAAGCCUGAGCUUGGGUUACCUUGGGCCUCAGCACCCUACUACUAUAUGCCACAAGUACAAGGUUUAAUGGAGAUACUUGAUAGAAAUUGGGUGGAUUUAUACUGUUGGACUCCCACUGCAAGCUCAAUUUUUAGGUUACAGAGAGACUGCGACUAUUGGGCUUUGAUUUUUGAACCACUCAGAGAGUUCUGGCUGGAAAAUGUUGUACCUGCAGGACAAGCUCUAGAAACUCAUGGGAAAGAUAAUGUCUAUCAAUAUAAGCCUUCUCCACAGCACAGUUCCACAAAUCAUAUCAUAGCUCAGAGUAAAGUAAUAGCAAAAAGGGCUCCAUUGAUUUGCAAGGAAAUUAGUGGACAUGUUGAAUUUUUCUUAUAGUGAAUUGGAGUAUUGUAUUGGUUUAUAUGGAUGACCAAUUGAUUUUUAAGUGAAUUAGUGGCUAUUGUAAUUUUAUUUCUAAAUCAAAAUUGAAAUUGGGGUGUGCUUUUGCAUCUCAGCAUCCCUUUAUUCAUUUGGAAAUUUUGCUAUAUGCAUUGUAAGUCCUCAUGGACGCUGAUGGAUUGGUAGAAAAUAUCCCAUUUUGAUUGGCUUCUUAUUUA